CCAAUCCUUCGAAAUAAUUCUGUCUAUAAUCACUUCACCUCCUACCCCAAAAACUACCGCCAAUAUGAUGUCUGCUCGAUCCAUGAUGACUAUGCGCUCUGCGCAGGCUAGCAAGAUGAUCCUUGGACGAGGAUUCUUUACCACAUCCACACGUCUCGGUCUCAAGGAGUCUUCAACUCAGACCGACGUCGACUACGAGAAGCACAAGCAGGACUCCCUCAAGAAGCAGAAGGAGGGCAGCGGCCACUGGAAGCCCGAGCUCGCCUCUGACAGUGAGGAGGCCGUCAAGGCUGACCGAUCUCAAACCGAUCCUCAGAAAGACAUCAAGAACCUCCAGGAGCGAACCAAGAAGGCGGCCGAGGAGACUCACAAGGCUGGUACCAGCACACGGGAUAACAUGUAAAACAGAGAAUCGUGUUUCGAAUUGCUGAUUGAUUGAAUGAAUGAGCGGUUGGUGGUUUGAUCAAUAGAUUGUUCUGGGAGUUAUAAGGUCCGGAUGAUAGACUGGAAGUCUGAGCAAAACAGUUUAUUAAUGAGACUUGUCUCGAUGGCAAUAUUCAAUGUGUUCUCUU